ACGGCGCGGAAAUGUUUUAAAAUUAAAAAUUGCCUUCGUAUAGGAAAAAACAAGUUUUAUGUAUUCAAGUAUCAAUUUUUCUUUUAGUGUAUUUAUUAAAUGAAUAUGUAUGCUUUAAUAUGUCUCAACUAGCACGAUAUAAAGAAUAAUUUUAAUAAUAUUUUGUUCUUUUUUCGAGUGAAAAAACGGUAAAUAAUAUUUUUUUUAUCGCACCAUCGUCGUAACUGUCGAUUGCUUUAUUUUUGCAACAUGAACCAGCAAUAUUUGCAAAAAUAAAAAACGAACGACUGCAGACUUUGGUAACGGUAUUUUUGGACAGCGAAAUAAAGCAGUAAAUGGACUGUGGACCAGCAAUAUUUGCAAAAAUAAAAAACGAACGACUGCAGACUUUGUUAACGGUAUUUUUGGGCAGCGAAAUAAAACAGUAAAUGGACUGUGUUCUUUUUUCAAUAAUUGUCACUCUCGUUUGUUUGGCAUUUGAAAUGAGAUGUGUUAAUUUGUGUUAAUUUGUGCGAAAUUGUGAUUAUUUAAUAAAAAAAAGAAAUGAGUGAAUUACCAGCAACUGCGAGUACAUUACAUAUACAAACACGACAACGUUCUAAACAAGUUGUGAAUAUUGAACUAAUUGGAAGAAUAUCUCAUCAGAUAACAGGUGCUAAACUACCAUCGAACAAACAAGUACUGCAAUUACUAUUUUAUAACAUUAGAUUUGUGUAUCGGCAAUUGAGAGAAAGUUAACAAUAAAUGCUGUAUUAAAAUUUGGCAACAAGCUCGAAUUCCGACAAAAGAUGUAGCUAGGUGUGUCGAUAAAUUAGAAUCUCUGUACAAAUUAUGGCAGAAGAUUCAAAAACCCGUACCAAAUAAGAGAUCUGAUGCUCAGAAAAAAUUGUUGAAGACUUUUCUGCAGAAUUGGAUAAUUUGUUUGACAUUGCUCAUAGAGAUGCCUUACAAAACAUGCGUAUUAGCGAAGACAAGGAAUUUUUGAUUCUACAAAGGCAAAAAGGUCGCCCUGGUAGCAUGGCUGGUGCUGACAUGGUAUUGUAUCGGCGACAAAACAGAGCAGAUCACCGCAUUGAGAAAGAAAUGUCUAGAAAAAGGAAACAUCAACAAAUGUCGGAAGUGAAUCGUAAGUUUAUCAAAUGAAAUUAAUUUUAUUUAUAGUGGUAAUGGUCAAUUUUAAAAUGAUAUUGUGUAGUCGAACUCAACGACGAUUUUGGUAUGGACUAUGAAGAAGAUAUUGGUGACAGUGAGCCUGAAGUAGCGGAAACCAAUGUGAAAAAAAUACAGAACAAACUGCUUCAACUUGUAUUAACAGGGGAAGAAAACAUUUUAUCACACCGCGAUUGCUUUCAGCACUUGAUAGCGCCAAAGUAAGCGAUGGAAAGGCGAUGCACAUUCUGAUGGCGACUGCAGAAGCAUUGGGCCAUUGCACUAGCGACUUGGUAGUCAAUCGUUCUACUCUCCAUAGACUGAGGGAAGAGCAUCGCAGAAAAGAAACACAGAGGAUUCAAGAGAGUUUUAUUGACAAACUAAGUGAUACACAAGCAAUGGUCGUCCACUGGGAUGGUAAAGUAUUGCCAGAUCUAAUUGAAAAAAUAAAAGUUGAGCUAAUUGCAGUGCUUGUUAGUUAUAAUGACGAAUCCAAAUUUCUAGGCGCUCUAAAACUUAUAUCUGCCACUGGUGAAAAUAUAGCUACAGCCGUUUUUGAUACACUUAGUAAAUGGAAUAUUUUAGAUCGCGUAGAAGGCAUGUCUUUUGACACCACGUCCACUAAUACUGGUCCAAUGAAUGGAGCAUGCGCUCAAUUGCAACGCAUGUUAGGAAGAAAUUUGUUGACGUUACCAUGCCGUCACCAUAUUCUAGAAAUAUACUUACGUAGUGUAUUCGACCUGCAUUUCAAAGUGACUCAAGCACCAGAAGUCUCAAUUUUCGAGAGAUUUGCCAAAGCCUGGCCAAAUAUUGACACUUCAUCAUUUAAGAGUGGGCUCGACUGUGAAGAUAUAAAAUCUCAUAUAAGUGAUGGCAUCUGCAAUGACAUCAAACAAUUUUGUCAUUCACAAUUACAAAAAACUUUUGUUCGUGCUGACUACGAAUUUUUACGUCUAGUACUUACAUUUCUUGGUGACAAAGGUGGUAAAUUUAAAACACCCGGAGUUACAAGUCAUGCACGUUGGAUAACAAAGGGAAUAUAUUCCUUGAAAAUAUUUCUUUUUCGUGAUCAAUUUCACUUGAAUAAAGCUGAAUUAAAAGGCUUAAGUCAGAUUUGCGUUUUUUUAGUGCGUUUAUAUAUAAAAGCUUGGUACAAAUGCUCUAAUGCAAUUACCUCUCCCCUGCAUGAUUUAAACUUUGUAAAAGAAUGUAUUAAUUAUGAAAAAGUGUACCCAAGUAUUUCUUCGGAAUUGCUGAGAAAAAUGCAACAACACAUGUGGUAUUUGUCAGAGGAAAACGUCGCAAUGGCUUUCUUUGAUUUCAAUGUUUCUGUAGAUGUUAAGAAAAAAAUGGUAAAAAAUUUAAAAUCAGAAGAGCCAACUAUUAAACUACAAAACAAUCGCAAAAUAAAAAAAUUAAGUGACUUAGGCAAUUCGGAUUUAAGCGGAUUUGUAUCCAAGAGAACUUUAACAUUUUUUAUGAUGUACAAGUUGUCAACCAACUUUUUGUAUUUGGAUCCAGAGUCUUGGGAAACAAACGAGGAAUUCCAAAAUGGUCGCACAAUAUGCCACAAAUUGCUUGUUACUAAUGAUACAGCGGAAAGAGGUUUAAAAUUUAUAAAGGAUUUCAAUACUUUUCUUACAAAUAAAGAAGAAGAAAAACAGUUCCUCCUUAAAGUUGUUGAAGAACACAAAAAAAAAUAUAAGUCCUAUAAAAAAUCAGAAUUAAUUUAAGUUUUAAUAUUUCUAGAUGUAUUAAAUAAAUUGAUAUGAAUAAAAAUAUUUCUUUUAAAUAGUAGUUUUAAGUUAAUAUAAUGCAAAAAAUUGGAGAAAAAUAAUACACUAAAAGAAAAAUUGAUACUUGAAUACAUAGAACUUGUUUUUUGCUAUAGGAAGGAAAUUUUUAAUUUUAAAACGUUUCCGCGCCGUCUUCCCAUCAUCCGAUUGUCCCCAAAUUUUUUGUUUAACAUUUUUACAUAAAAGGGAAAAAAUAACCCAUUCUGUAAGCAUAGAAUACAUUUUGAAUUUUAAGGACAGGUCUAAU